ACACCAGUCAAUUCUGGUAAUAACCACCUGGAGCGGACACAUUGUUCAAUAUUCAUUCAGCAUGAGAAGUGGAGUGUUCUUGGUUGCUCUUGUAGGGGCUUUCGCUGUCGUUGCUGGAGAGGCACCUGAUAAAGACUGUCCACUCAUGAAGGCGCUGAAAGAGAGCAUCGAUGCGUGCAGUGAUAAACUCGGUGAAGAGAGUAAAACAUUACUGGAGAAAGAUGAAUCCGCUGAUAACGAGGAAAUCCGGUGCUUCUAUGCGUGUAUCUUGACUCACGGUGGAAUGAUGAGUGACGGUAAGAUGGACAUGGAUGCCCUCGAAGAAUUGCUCUUGGAAGAUCCAGAACACGAGGAGGAAGCCAAGAAAAUCGUGGAGAUAAUGAAAACGUGUAAGCCUGAAGCUGAAAUCACUGAUAACGAAUGCGACGUGGCAGGUAAUUACGCAAAAUGUAUGAAGUCGAAGAAAAUCGAGUAAUCGAACAGAUCUAGGCGCCUGAAAUCCUCGAUAAUUGUAACUUGUGGGAAUUAGAAAAUAAAAAAAGUCACCA